CAGCAGUUAACUAAUAAGCCUACCAAGUAGCCUGCGGAGAAGGCUGAUGUAGGCUCCACCACGAUCCCUCUAAAACCGACCAGUCAAACAAUAGGCUACCAUACCGUCGAGUCCACUGCACGCAGACGCAGGCUGUGCGGCUGGUCGGGUCAGCUGGCUGCGCGAGCACCGAGAGAUUGUCCUGUCCAUGCAAGGCGCGUGCAACCGGAGGCGAGGCAGAACCGUUUAAGAUACACACCGUGCCUCAAGUGAUUCAAUAAGAACAUUAGCCCUGUGCCUGCAAGAGGGUAUUUCCAUUAUUCCCUAACGGGCGCUUGUUCAAUGCCUUCAUUCACGGCGCGAUCGACAUCGACUGAUCCCCCGAAAGACAACCGCACAGCUGUAGAGACGCAUGCCUCACACAGGUAAGCAGGUGGUCAUCCCUCCAGAACUUCCCGACAUCCUGAAGCAGUUCACCAAGGAUGCCAUCCGAACACAACCUGAAAACCUUCUGGAAUGGGCCACACUGUGAGCUGGAUGAGGUUACCCUUAGACAUGCACUGUGGCUCAAAUGGCAGGACACCAUGAAGGGAAUAGGGUAUUUCAGUGCUAUGGUCCAGGGACAGCCCUUACCGGUGAAAAAGACCGAAGACAAUGAGCUUCAUGGGAAAGACACGGUCACUAAGGAGGAGGUGAGACAGCUGUGGGCGUCGUUGGGAUUGGCUGACGACCUACUUAGUCAUAUCAUGAAAGUGGGCGGCUUCGAAGACAAUCUCGCCUGGGUCAAAUUCUUCGCGCUGGGCUGCAGCUACCUGGGAGGGACGAUCAAGAAUGCCCUGACCCAUGCGCUGUACAUCCUGAACUCAGACAGCGCAUGUAAGCCACCCGACGCCUGCAUCUCCUUCCAGGAUUUCCGGUUCCUUUAUAGCUACCUGGCUGCCGUGGAUAGAGAGGUGUCCCAGGCCCAAAUGGAGCAGGCCCUCGCCUACCUUGAGACACAGGCAAAUGCGAAAGGUGGGCUGGUGAAAGUGUCAGACUUUGUCAACAGUCGUAAAGUGCGUUUGGGAUAGGAGCACCGGCACUCUCCAGCACUCAACCCUCUCUCCCACAACCAACCAAUUCACAACCCUCCCGGUCUGUUGAGCAACACUCCCGAAUCUUCUAAUAAAGAUUGUGCCAUAGAAAAAAAUACAAUGGUGUUGCAUAUAGGUACCUCAUUGGUCAGAGCAUCAGGUCAGUAAACAAAAGGUUACCAUACCCCAUACCAUCUUCUUCCGCUUA